AUGCCCAAGGCCGCUACAGAGGAGCGCUCCAAGCGCAAGCGGUCCUCAGCUCAAGAGAAGCCCACCAAGAGACGGAGGUCAUCAAGCGCCAGCGAUGAGUCCGAGGAUCCCAACGCCAAGAUCCUGCUCAUGGAACAAGGCAUCCUAGAGUCGCGGAAGAACUACAACGACAUCACCGUCCUUCUCAGCACCGCCAAUGACUUCAAAAAGGGCGAGCCCGAGAGCAUGCUGGCAACCGUCGCGCUCUGCCGCAUCUUUGUGCGGCUGCUCACCCAGGGCGCUCUCAUCUCCAAGAAGAGCCUGUCCGAGAAGGACUUGGUCGUCGUCGGCUGGCUCAAGGAGCAGUUCGGGGAGUUUAAGAAGACUCUGCUCGCAAUGCUUCGGGAUGAGGAGCUGGCCCCGACCGCCCUGACUCUUUGCAUGAGGACGCUCAAGGCUGAGGGGCAGUUUAUGUAUGACAAGGAGGAGUACAUUUUCCCUCGGGCAUUCCAUCGCGACAUUAUGGAAUCACUCCUUAUGAGUGAGAAUGAGGACGCAAGCAAGGUCUAUAUCGAGGAGUUUGCUGAGCAGUAUGACGACAUCCGCUACUUUACAUUCAGCUCAGUCAAGUACAUUGUGGAGAAACAUUCAGACAAUAAUGCUUCACCAGAACUCUUUGAUCGAUGUUUUGCGCUCUUGUCUGCUCUAGAUGGCGUCCCAGAGUCCGCUGAUGAGCUGGAGGAUUACUACGUCCCGCGGCCAAAGAAGAAGGCUCAUCCUCUUCGAAAUGUCACCCAGCACAAGAAGCAAGGCCAAGAGGCAUGGCUUGCCAUUAUGACCCUCGCUGAGGAAAAGGAGCAGCGCAAGCGGAUACUCGACAUCAUCUCGACCGUGAUUGCUCCCUGGUUCACAAAACCGGAGCUGCUCGCCGACUUCCUGACCAACUCCUACGACGUCGGCGGUUCCAUGUCCCUCCUGGCCCUUUCGGGUGUCUUUUACUUGAUCUCGGAGCGGAAUCUGGACUACCCCUCCUUCUACACAAAACUCUACUCCCUUCUGGAUCGCGAUAUUCUUCACUCCAAGCACCGAUCACGAUUCUUCCGCCUAUUGGACACCUUCCUCGCCUCAACCCAUCUUCCGGCAGCGCUCGUCGCUAGCUUUAUCAAGCGCCUCGCCCGGCUUUCGCUGAAUGCGCCCCCCAGCGCCAUCGUAUUUGUGACCCCCUGGAUCUACAACCUGCUUAAGCGUCACCCGACAUGCACAUUCAUGAUUCACCGAGAGGAGAGGGACCCCGAGGUCAAGAAGCACAUGAGCGAACAUGGCGCUGAGGACCCAUUCCUGCCGGACGAGACGGACCCAAUGGAGACGCAGGCGAUUGACAGCUGUCUCUGGGAGCUUGUGCAGCUCCAGUCUCAUUACCACCCGAACGUUGCCACUAUUACCAAGGUCAUCUCUGAGCAGUUCACCAAGGUUUCUUACAACAUUGAAGAUUUCCUCGACCACUCAUAUGCUACUCUCCUCGAGGCCGAGAUGACCAAGAACGUCAAGAAGGCACCUGUCGUCGAGUUCCAUAUUCCCAAGAAGGUCUUCCUGCCACAUGAGACCGGUGACGCUGAGCCCGACAGCCUGCUUGUCAAGCUGUGGGACUUUGAGGGAUCGCCCCAGACCGCUGAAGUUGCGUGA